UUGAGAAGGACGCUUGAACGCAAUGCAAUCUGUGUAUUUUUCUGUGGCGUACUGGGUAGCUAGUUCUUUAUACUUCGCUCGUUAGGAAAUGCGCCCACAGAUGUUUCUGCCGAUUAGCGCUGGUCGUUAUAUGCCCGCGGUAACACACAUGGAACCUUUGAAGACGACUAGUUGUAACUCCUUCUGUUCCUUGCUCUAUGGUUUGCCACAGUGAUUUGUAUUGUGACCCUGCCCUCAACUCAGCCUCCCCAUCAACACGACGCUACAUGCGGAUGUAGCGUCGUUUAUAUAGUCAUAGUUUUCUAGUGGGGUUGCCGCGCUUCGCGCGGCAUCCCGCUAGUCAUUAAAAGAUGGCGGCGCCCAUGAACGAGUCACGUUAAAUGAAUUUUUUUUGUGCACGUUUUUUUUUUUCAAUCUUCAAGUUAUCACCGCUGGAUAAAGUCAUCAUUUGAUCGUAAAAUGUCAGCUAGAGGUUUGUUCGACACUGACAGUGAGGAGGAGUUACCAGCUGGAUGGGAAGAAAGAAGCACCACAGAUGGAAAAGUGUUUUAUGCAAACCACCAGAAUUGUGAAACACAGUGGGAACACCCUACAACAGGCAAAAAGAAAAGGAUUACAGGGGAGCUUCCAUAUGGUUGGAGUACGGAAACAGAUGGCCAGAACAGGAGAGUUUUUGUUGAUUUAUCGUCUUAAUUUGUCUUACUAGUCUACAUUAUGGCACCAAGAUGUGUGAUGGUGUGGUUUUUCGUCGUUUUGAUAUCUCUGUUGAGCAGUAUUGGACACAUUUGUGCUACACUAUCCGACGGAAACAUUGCAUGUGGGUGGCCAUUACAUGAACGCAUUGUGUAUGGACGCAACGAACUGUUAAAUCUUCGCGGAUCUUCGGCAGGCAUUGUCUUGCCCAGCAAAGACAUUCCCGAGGACUUACGAAAACGCAAACGGGGUAGGAAAGGUGGAAUCCGAACCCGUCUUCGGCGUCGAAGAUUCAACCCAGCACUGCCAUCAAUUAUUACAGGUAAUGCACGAUCCCUUUGCAAUAAACUUGAUGAACUAUCUGCAAACACUAAAUAUCUAAAUGAAUACAGAGAUUGCAGCAUGAUGUGUUUCAGCGAAACAUGGUUUAAAGACAGUAACAUUGAUACAAAUGUUGAUGGCUUCAUCUGUAAACGUAUGGAUAGGUCCCCUGAAUCCGGAAAGUUAUCGGGCGGAGGUGUGUGUAUUUACAUUAAUCAAAGAUGGUGCACCAACAUUUGUGUCAAACAAAGCCAUUGUUCACCCGAUGUUGAGUAUAUUACUGUGGGACUUAGACCAUUCUACCUUCCGAGAGAGUUUCCACAGAUAUUUGUCACUGUUGUAUAUAUACA